UUGACACUCUCAGUAAUGCCGCCUUGUUAUGUGACAAACUAUGCUGUAAUUUGCCAGUGAAUUUAGCUGGAAAUAAUUGUAAGCAUCUUUGAAUUAAAAUCUUAUCUCCUCGUGGCUGAGAUUGUAGAAGUUCUAGGCGCCACAGGAAAUCAAGCAUCGAUGCAGGAAUAUUUACUCUAACUACAGAGAACAAAAUCAAUGUGAUUAUUUAUCGUUAAACAGGCCAAAUUAAUGUCAUUAAAUGCGUUUUGUGAUGAUACAAGUCACAUCCUAUACUCAGUGAUUCCUUUAUUCCAUGACUGCCUUGGUGUAUUUCUCGACAACAGGCGUUUUUAUUGUGGUUUUACAUUGGAGAUUUUAUUCACGGAUUUUCGGGCUCCCUUGAGAUUUAUUUUGGUUAAGUAUGGAAAGAACAAAAUCUUAAAAUAUGCAAAUUGAAUGAUUGAUUCACUUGUGUGUAUAACUUUGAAUGACUAAGCUGUCAAAAUGCUGCAAAAAUAGUCUCAAAUUGUUUAGGAAUAGACAUUCGUAAAAUGUGCAGGAAUUUGAAGAAAAUUCUGAAAAAAUAAGGUAAUUGCACCUCGGGACAUACAUGUAUAGCGCAAUGCACCAAUCAUUACAUUAUGCCGGAGAGAACACCGCACGGAAAGCAACAUUGAUUAACGAAUGCGUGCUGUAUUGAGCUUCACUUGGAAAGAAAAAUAAAUCAAAAAAAAAAAAAAGAAAUUGAGGAACGAGGUGUCAUUAUAUUUCAUUGGUUACUUAAAGCUGCAGUCUUAAAAGAGACACGGACAGAGAUUGAAUUGACAUGUGUCUUAACUGUGGUUGCAUAGAAAAGAAUAUAUAAGACUUGUGUGUUACUUAAGGUAUGGAUGCAUUGGAUCUUUGUUAUCAACUUCAGUUGUUUUUCGAAUUCUUGUUCUACAGUCAAGUCAAAACCGUGUGACGACACCUACGUGAAAUAAGUACAUCUUGCUUGUGAAGUAGCCAAUUUCGAGACCCGAAGCCGUGGUUUACUUUAAUACCUAGUACUAAAACAGUGAAAGAAAACGAGACACAGUAGUUCGUCAUGAAUAACUCAACUCAGGUCAUGGGCGACCAAAUACAGCCUUUACCAAUACUCUUUACUUGGUCACUGUUGACCUUUGUGGGGUUGGUUGGAAACAGCGUUGUGAUCUACAUCACGUGCUUACACGCCGGCAAGUCCGCCACUAACACCUACAUCCUAAACCUGGCCGUGUCAGACAUUGCCUACCUGAUCGUUGUCGUUCCUUUCACCUGCCUGGCAUUCAUUUUCAAUCACUGGGUAUUUGCUGAAUUUGGGUGUAAAUUGUUCAUCUUUACACAGUAUGUCACGGUCCAUGCCACCUGCCUGACAUUGAUGGCUAUGACGAUAGACAGGUACCAGGCAAUCGUGUAUCCCAUCCAGUCCAUGAACUGGAGGAAUACCAGGGCAUCGACUUUUGUUUGUCUUGGCGUCUGGAGUGUUUCCAUUCUGCUGUCUCUGCCGUUUGCAAUUUUCCACAAAGAGAUGCAGGAUCGAGAGAAUACUACAAUUUGUGGACCCGACUGGCCAAGCCAAUCUAUCGACAAGGGUGCUACCCUCGCUGUAGUUAUGACAUCAUACGUUAUUCCUCUGGCUGCAAUCAUCGCUUGUUAUUCCAGAAUAUUGCUUCAUCUUUGGAGAGGUGGUUCAAAUCGCAACAGUAGGCAAACGGCUGAUGCGAAUGGUACAGUUCCCCUUCGAAGUGCAGGACAGCUGCGGAGAAAGAAACGCGUCACAAGAAUGGUGGCCAUUGUCAUUCUGUUGUUCGCUUGGUGUUGGCUUCCAAUUCAAUUUUUUACCUUAUGGUAUAAAUUUGACCCAAACUUUCCUCAAAUCCUCGCUUUACUUAAGUUCAAAAUAUUUGCUCACACGCUGUCGUACGCCAACUCUUGUGUAAACCCAUUCGUGUACGCAUUUAUGAACGAAGGUGUUCGUAAAGCUUUCAAGAAAAAGUUUCCUUCUGCGAGCAUUUUUUGCCACUGUUUCAAAAAACCAAAGAUGACAAACCCAGAGACGAGCACGAUGAUUGACAAGGCAGUGAUGACGACACGGGGUGGGGGAGUGGAAAGCAUGGCGACCACACAUUGUUCUCUGUGAUUUACACAUGUGUAAAUGUGUAAUUGUCAUUUUAGGAAAAAGAAAAGUAUAGGUGUUGUCUUCUUGAUAUGGAAUUAAGAAAAAACGGAUUUAUCUCAACAGUUUAACGAUCGGAAGUGUAGGCCACAGUGUCGCAUGCUCAAAGAACAAACACAGUAGUUUCAUUGGAAAUGACGUUUUAGUACGACAUCCAACAUUUAUUUUAAACAUUAAAAAUUUCUCACGUAUUUCAUAGUAAUGUAUCUAGAGCUGUCCGGGGAGAGUUGACAACUGUUUAUCAUAAUCUUUACCCCAGUUUAAAAAUUGUCUACGUCUCGUUAUUAAAUACUUUUCAGAUACUGGUUGAAUCGGUUAAAUGGAAUCGAUCAAUGCAUGCCUCUUGUACAGGUAGCAGUAAUGGUAAUUUUUGUCUUAAUCAAGAAUGAGUGGAUUUCAUUAAUUUGGAGACGCACGUUCAAGUAUAAUUUUUAGAAGCUGCUUUAUCAGAUUUUUAGAUUUUUAAAACGAUUGCAUGCGCGCCAGCUCUUAUUGGGAAAGCAAUUGAAAAUGAAAAGCCUUAUAUGCAUUUUUUUUUCACCAGAAAUCGAUAUCCAUGCGUCAAAGGAAGUUUGAUUAGUUGGUUGUACUUAUACACAGUGAUGCUAAUCUGUAGUAGGAUUCUUCUGAGCAAUUAUAGUGUUCUUGAUUGCAGUUUGAAGAAAAUAAUGACGUAAGAAGAACGGUAUAUUCACAAGCUGUUAUCUACAAUCAUCAGUCCAAUUAACUGUGUUUCUGUUAAAUCAUUAAACAAAAUAUUUUCUUGUAAUUAUACUAUUUUCUCGGCAACAUAUUGAUUAAAAGUAAAUCAUUACCUAUUUUCAUUUACAUGGAACUCAAUGAUACCAAUGAAUUAUACCUUGCAAAAUAUUUACAACAUUUAUUUCAUUUUUUUUCUUAUGAAUCCGCGGCAUUCUUAUUCUCUCUCUCUCCCCCUCCCUCUCUCCCUCUCUCUCUCUCUCUCUCUCUCUCUCUCUCUCUCUCUCUCUCUCUCUCUCUCUCUCUCUCUCUCUCUCUCUCUGAGGCUCAAUUGAUCAAACAAUUCAUCACCGGGUCCCAACUGUUGUGUUGUUUGUUUGAUAGAGUUCGCAAUAAGAUUGAGAAAGAUGAGAAAUUCAUAGAGAAUCAUUUUUCAAUAAAAAUUGGUAUUUCUUUUAUCAAUCUUUCCUUAGGUAGGUAGUGUUAAACAGUCAUAACACGUAUAAGUUUAACUUCAUUUACUUGAUAAACUUAUAGGGUUUUUCAUGGGAAAAUGCCAUAGAAAAUAAUUGUAUAUUAUGAUAUUGUUAUGUUUCAUUGAAAAAUGUCCGAAUUUACAAUGUAAUUAUUAUAUGUGUAUUCAUAUAUAU